AUCAGGUAAUUAACAUCUUAUGCUAACUAGCGAAUCUGACAUUUAAUAUGGAAAGUACUGGUUAGUCUACACAGAUAUAGAAUUCGGUCUGUCUAGAUUGUGAGACUGAGGUAUUAGACACAGCUAGAGUCAUGUCAUUGUGCUGAAAUACAGAAAAAUGUCUCACUGGAUCUGCUGUAACUCAUGCUUCAUGCCAUCUGGAUCUGAACGUCAACUAGCUGUUUCAAACUGCGGCCACAUCAUCUGUAAUGUUUGCUUUCAGAGAGGAAAGCAAGGUGUGUGUCUUAUUUGCAAAGCAAAGUGUCAGAUCUCCCCACUGUCUGAUAAAAGCAGCUCAGAAGUUCAGGCACUUUUUUCAGAUUUAAACACAGUUGCUGUCAAGUGCUUCUCAGAGAUAAGCAAGGUCUUACAAUUCCAGACAAGACAUCAGAAAAGAUUACUGGCCCACUAUCAGCAGAAGGUUGAGAGAAUGCAGGAGACUGGGCUGAAAAUGCAGCAAGAGAUGCAGCAAGAAAUGCAGAGAAUGUCAAAAAAAAUUACAGAACAGAAAGCCUAUAUUUUAAAGUUAGAAAUGACUCUUCAACAUCAAAGUUCAAGACUGACAUCACAGGCCAAUCUACAUUCAGCAAGUCAUUUGAGUACAACUUCCCCUGUUACAAAUAUUCCCUAUUCUUCUCCACUUUCAAAGUCACGGAAGUUAUCUGCUUCCAGCUUAGCCGAAGGCAUAGAGAUCAACACCAGGGGGCUCUCUCACAAACCAGGCACUUCGGGUAGAAUUAGUCUCAUAAGCUCACAGCAGGAUGGACGAAUAGGUUCAGUACCUCACCGAGCAUCCAGUCAGAGCACUAUGGGUAGCCAUUCAGUACCAUUCAGUGCCACUGUCAGUAGGGAAUUCUCAAGUGGUCUACGGGACCCUGUGAUGAGUCCAUCCCAUAAUAUGGCCUACCGCAGAGAGUCGCCAUGGGAGACGCCUGUGUUCAAACUGCCCUCAGCUUACAAAUACCCUUCUGUGUCUUCUCUCGGACCCCCACCAUAACAUCCAUUCCAAAGCCAAAACAGUUUAUCGUAUGUCAUAAUAUAAUUUGAUGUCACAAAGUUGGGCUAUUUGAACUCAGUUUUGCGGUGAUGCUGUAAAUAGUAAAUGUUUUUAGUAAAAGACAUCAGGCUAAUUACUUAUGUAACCAUCUGUUGCACGAAAUAAUCACAGCCAUGGCCUGUAAUAGACUCGUAUGAUGGUGCAAUGCAUUAAAGCAGCCUCUAUGUGUGAAACAUUGGACAUCUGUGCUCUUGUUUCCAUAAAUGUUUCUAUGUAUUGUCAUAAUUGAUCACAGACCUAUCUUAAUUGGUUUGCGAGUGUGAAUUUUAAUACGACUUUUCUUGCAUGACUCACGUUGUGUGAGCAGCAUGUGCUGUUAAUCACAUCCAGUGUGUUCUCUGCUCUGUAUUUUUCCUCUGUGCGCUGAUGACA